AUGACAGGUGCCGACGACGCGAUGCCUCGUGCCAAGCGGCUAAAGCUCCUGCGCGAGGCCAAGGCUCGCAAAGAGCGGGGUGAGACCUGUCACAAUGAAGCAGAGGCAGUAGUAGAUGCAGGACAACAACCCGUUGAUGAGGAGGCGAAGGAUCUGGACGUGGAGCAGUCGACAAAGGACAAGGACAAGACCGAGGAAGUUGUACCCAAAGUGACCCAAGGACCGGAGGAAGAGGUCACUAAUGUGGAAGAAAAUAGUGACGAUGACAUGCUAAAUCUGGCACCGAAACGUGCGAAUUGGGACAUUGAGCGCGAUAUUGCGCCCAUGCUUCGGAAAUUGGAAAGACGCACGCAGCACGCGAUUGUCGAGAUAUUACGUGAGGAGCUCGCAGCACAGCAGCUGGAAGAAGACAGCGGUACUGAUGAGGAAGCUGAUGAUGAUGAUGAUGACGAUGACGAGGAGGAGGAGGCUGAUGAUGAGGAUGAAUAG